CAAGAUUGCCAACACUCGCAACCAACACGUCAUCAAGAAGGGUGGAAGCAGGCGCACAGCUGGUGCGGUCGCGAGCAUCGUCGGAAAGCGCGGAUACCGUGCCGAUCUGCUGAAGGGUGAGUCACUCGAGGAGCAUGAGGGAGCGUGGAGAGUAGCAUUUGGGAUCUUUUGUGUCGCGUCGCAGCGACAGGGCCAAGGCAGACUCAUACGGGCGUUGGGACGCAGAACUGGAGAUAGGCAAGCUGAUGAGGGCGCAGUAGCACGACCCUUGGAGAUUUGCUCUCUUAGCCGAAGGGAAGAGGACGUCAGGCUCGUCGCGAUACAAUUCGCUCCGAGCGCUCUCCCUACGUCGCAUCGUCGCAGAUGUUCUGCGAGGUACUAGAGCUCGAAUCAUUCGGCCACUCCAGUGUGUGAAGCUCUGUGCUGCUGGACGAACGGUAUCGCCAGGAUGUCAAGGGGCCAAUUUCGGUGGCUGCUGUCAACAUCACGUCUGGUCCUGAAUCGCGCGUCGUGGUUUCGCUGCGGGAAAGAGUCUGGGUGCGGAUGCGACCGCGCGCCAUCGAGCAAUGCGCGUUCUCAACGCUCUCGACCUUUUGUCUGGCUAUCUCGAAGGGGGGCAGCUACUAACAUUGGCUUCCUUGCAAUAUUUCUGUCAGAUGCCGUCGCUCGCUCUUCUGUGAUUCUCAAAUCGCAGCGCCCAUCUACUGGUCGUCAGACCGCCAAGCCCCGCAAGGUCCGUGGCUCAAAGGCGAAGACUCUUGUGCAUGAAGCAGAGGCCACCGAGACUGAGGCUUAGACGUCUGCGUGGUUCACACUCGGAGCCCCAUCGACAAACAUGACUUCACGGCUAUGACACAUGCCAAUACAUGCGUUCGCGAUGCAGUGCAAGCGAAACGAGUACCGG